AUGUCUUCACUUCAACCCCUAUCAUCCCUCACAAUCUCCUCCUUCCUCCCACCCCUCCCACUCCUCGGGCUCAUCACCUCCACCAAUGCCCUCGUCUAUGCCUACAGCGAACACAUAUUCCUUAACCCUCUCUCGGACCCUAACGUCGUCCCCGCAGCAACAAUCCGACACGUAUGGCACAAAUGCUUCCCCUCGGGAUUCGCGCUCGUAGCCUCUUCACGGAUCGGGAGUAUUUUGAGUGGUGUGGCGGGUUAUAGGGCUUCGGAGACGGGGUCGACUGCAGAGACGCUUUAUGCAGCUGCUAUUGCGUUUACAGUGGUUCAUUUUGUAUUUUUGCCUUGGACGAGGGUUCAUCUGAUGCCAAUCUUGGAUAAGAAUCCUACCAAGGAAUCCGAUGAGAAGAUUCAUGAGCGUAAUAAGAAUUUUGUCCAACUUGAUGCAAUUCGCACUUUUGCUAGUGAGAUUCCUGCAUUUUUGUGUUUCUUGGGUGCGACUUUGUCGUAUUUGCGGCUGUGA